AUGUUGGAGACACCAACGCUAAUAAUCAAUGGCGCCGGCUUCGCCGUAUCCAUGAUGCUCUCAACCCUCCGUCACAACCUAGCUUUCCGCCUCAAACUUUUACGCCAUGCUAUGUUCUCUUCCGCUUCGUCCUCCGCGGACCCAGAGAAGCCCCGUAAUAUAAUUAUCAUAGGCGCCUCUAUCGCAGGCUACUUCGCUGCCAGCAAUAUCGCGCGGCAUCUGCUUCCAAACUCAGAAUACCGUGUCAUCGUCAUCGAACCCCGAGACCACUUCCAAUUCACUUGGGUACUUCCAAGAUUCUGCGUCGCCGAGGGCCACGAGCACAAGGCGUUCAUUCCCUAUGGCGGGCUUCUACCCCGCGGCUCAUUCGACGCCGACGGAGGCAAGGUGUCAUGGAUCAAGGACCGUGUCGCUAGCAUCUCGCGGGACAGCGUGCGUUUGACUGAGACCGGCGAGGAAAUUCCAUACGAGUUCCUAGUCGUAGCUACCGGCGCAGGUGCCACUGAUACCCUACCCAGUCGCGUUGGAACCAAUGAUAAGGAUGAAGGAAUGGAGCUCAUGAGAGAGAUGCAGAGGCAGAUCCGCGAAUCUAAGAAUCUGGUCGUCGUGGGUGGAGGUGCUGCGGGCGUUGAGCUAGCUACGGAUGCGAAGUCGAAGUACCCAGAGAAACGGGUUACCUUAGUACAUUCAAGGGACUCUGUGAUGCACCGGUUCGGGCCGAAGUUACAAGCCGCUGCGACAGAUGGUAUCAAGGACCUAGGAAUCGAGCUUAUUACUGGAGAUAGAGUGGUUAGUGAGGACAAAGAGAAGGGCAUUGCCGUCUUAAGAAGUGGAAAAGAGAUUGCAUGCGAUUACCUGGUCAACUGCACAGGUCAAAGGCCCGACUCCAAGCUGAUUUCGGAGCUAAGCCCGACGUCUAUAUCUGAAUCAGGCCAUAUCCUUACCAAACCUACCCUGCAGAUUCAGGAUGACUCCCUACCUAACGUAUAUGUUUGCGGAGAUGUCUCUGAGACCAACACCACACAUCCAAACUCGAGAUCCGCAAUGCGCCAGGCUACGGUUGUUUCUUUCAAUGUUCUAUCCGGUACAGAAGGCAAGAAGCCCAGGGAUAAAUAUGUGCCGCAUUGGCUCGACGGUGGAAUCAAGUUGACUUUGGGACUCGAUAAAUCAGUUUCCAAUGUCGGUGACGGGAAGGUCGAAUUCUUAUUCCCAGCAAAGGAGAAAAACGAGGCUCUCAUGGCUGCGGGGGCCUGGCAUAGGCUAGGUGCCAAGCCCUUUGAGGACGAUGGGGAAUUCUUAAGAAAGAUCAAAGCGAAGAUCUAA